AUGGAACCGGUAUUAACAGAAAGAGAGAAAAUGGUGACAGGAUUAAGAUAUAGAUUUGAAGAUCCAGAAUUAGAUCAAUUAAGACUACGUGCAAGAAGAUUAAAUAAACAAUUUAAUAAUUUAAUUGGUAGUGAUGAAGAUGAUGGUAAAAAAGGACCAGAAAUUAUUAAACAGUUAUUUGGUUCAACAGGUGAAAUUGUGAUUGUUCGUGAAGGUAUUAAAGUUAGUUAUGGAGUUAAUAUUCAUGUUGGAGAUAAGUUCUUUAUUAAUCAUAAUUGCAUAUUAAAUGAUGAUGGUCCAAUUAGAAUUGGAUAUGGCGCAAUGAUUGGUCCAAACUCUCAAUUAUAUACAGCUACACACCCAUUCGAACCAUCUGAAAGAAUUGGCGGAUCAGAUGAAAAUUUUACAAAAGGAAUUACAAUUGGUGAUAAUUUUUGGGGUGGUGGUAAUGUUAUAAUUUUACCUGGUGUCACUUUAGGAAAUAACGUUAUUGUUGGUGCUGGUUCUGUUGUCACCAAAUCAUUCCCUGAUAAUUCUAUUAUUGCUGGUAAUCCUGCAAAAUUAAUUCGUAUGAAUAUUCCAACAAAAUAA